AUGCCAGCCAAGGAGCUAAACCAGCCAUGCACGGAAUGCAAGGAUGCAGAAUCCGAGCUUUCUGUCCGCCAGAAGCAGCUUUGCCGCCAUUGCUUUAAGCGCUUCAUUAUGCACAAAGUCCAUAUGCACAUCAACACCGUCUACAAAUUCCGCAAAGAAAACAACGGUGCUCGCCAUCAGUUGCUCCUUCCCUUGUCUUUCGGCGUUUCCUCAUCGGUCUUGCUGGAAAUGCUGAAUGUCGAUUACCAGCGCCGUCUGGAUAAUGAACUCCCCAUGGGCUACGACCUCCAUAUCCUUGUCGUCGAACCUUCCACCAUGACUGUCAGCGCUUCCUGUGAUAAAAACUAUGAAGUACUUCAGAAGAACAACCCGAUGCGCACUGUCAACCGGAUACCAUUUCACAGUGUCUUCGAGCAUGUGCCAGAAAUGGAGGAGAUCAUGCGGGAAUAUGCAGGAGCCCAGUUCGUUGACGAUGCCUCAAAGUCGAAUGAAGAGCGGCUGGCUGCGUUCCGCGCAUCAAUCUCCACAGCCACUUCCCAGACAGACGUGGACACCAUUUUGCUGACUAGACUUGUCGUUGAAUUUGCGAAGAAGUCUGGGUGCAAAUCGGUACUUUGGGGUGAUUCAGACAGCCGUCUUGCUGCAAAAGCACUUGCGGGUGUUGCCAAGGGACGCGGGGCUUCUCUCACUUGGCAGGUAUCAGACGGCAUGUCUCCCUGGGGAUUGAAGUUCCAAUACCCACUGCGAGAUUUGUACAAGGCCGAGUUGCUGGAGUAUGCGCAUUUCACCCCAGAGCUUUUUGAAAUCAUCAUUCCUGACAAACCGGCCUCUGAUAAUGUUCUAACCAAGAACCUCUCCAUUGACGAGCUGAUGAUGCGGUACGUUGAGAACCAGGGAGCGAAGUACCCAGGUGUCAUGGCGAACGUGGCUAGAACAGCAAACAAACUCGACCCGUCCGAUACUAAAAAUGCGCCUUCGUGUAGUCUUUGUGGUGGUCUCUUGGGAAAUGUCAAGGGAAAUGUCGGCGUCACUGUUGCCGGUCAGGCAGAGGAUUGCCAAAGUUCUCAAUUUUGCUACGGGUGCAUGCGAUCUCGCCCAGAAGUACUCCGCUGA